CUCCGCACCUCACUAUCCAAGGCAAGGUGAUUCCACUCACACAAGAUCCGCGAGACCAAGGCAUGUGCACCCUCGACAUCACGUUCGAGCAGAACGUCCAGCCAUCUGGCACGAAAUCCCUCGUGCCCCACCAGAAGCAGUCACAGACCCACACGGCGAACGCCGUCUGCUUUACGCUAGUGAGCGCGGACACCUGGCACAGGAGGCUUGGACAUCUCAAUGCUCGGAGCCUGGACAUCCUUCGGAAGGGCACGGGUACCGUUGUGGACUAUCGCGACAGUCUCUCGCCUUGCGGGGUCUGCCAGAUCGCGAAACACAAGCCGUCCCCCUACCCGUAGCAAUCGACUCGCGAUGUAUCACGGCCUGGACAACUUGUGGUCAUCGACAACAUGGGGCCUGGUAAUCCACCUGCGACGCAAAAGGAGGCUACUUCCCGUACGCGUGCAAGAUCACCGACGACUACACGAAAAUGAAAGAAGUGUACCUG